CAUUUUAAAUGUGUUAUUCAAAUGAAAAUGAGAAUAAUGAUGUCAAAAGUAUCAUUCUCUCUCAUAUCGUGCAAUAGCAAUUUUAUUUAAUUUGCUGCUACCUCCUUGACUUCUAUGCUAGCGCCCCAUACAGCUAUUAUGUCUUUUAAUGCUUUUUAUUUUGCACAGUAAAUAUAUUUUACAUCCACAUCUGCUGCGACAUGAGAAUGAAAAACUAUGUUAAUUUCACUACAGAAGAGGCUAAAAGCAAUCACGCCCGUUAUCAGCAAAAACGCCCAAUAUCAUAUACUCAAUUUCUGCCAAUAGAUCGUACAAAAUACGACAAUGAACAUUAAAAUAUUUAUGGAACUACACUCAAGUUUGUCUCUCCAAUCUCAAUGUUGUGUCUAUACACUUAUACUGUAUAUUUUAAAUAAGAAAACCAUUUAAUUAACAUUAAAGUGGUAUAAAAUGGUCAAAUGAAAGUAUAGCAUUGAAAAUGUAUGCACUAGUUCUUAAUACAGAAAUGUGUUAAGAACAGUUGUACAUAAAAUAAACAAUGCUGAUGACGAAAUAGAGGCGAUAAAAAGGUCGACCUGAAAUGAUAAUACACACGUGAGUCUCGCGCUGCAUUGCAAGUCAGUCGUUGACAGUAUGCACUUGUUUUCCUUGGGUCUUUGUAAGUGAAGAAUGGUUAAGAAAAACACCAAAUGACGACAUCACUUGUCAGUCAUUCAUACAUUUAUCAAUCCAGAUUUAUUUAUAAAGGGCUUUAAAAACAACAACAGCAGAAACAAAGUGCUGUACAUCAGAGAUAAAUAAAACAAAUACAAUAUAAAAACACAAGAGCUAAUAGAAGAACAAACCAUAAGAGUAAUAAUAAUAUAUCAGUCAUAUAAAUGUAUUAAAUCGCAUUUUUGCAGUGGAUGAACUCAUCUGUUGGAGACGAUCCCAAGCAAAUCGACUGCAAUCACUUAAGUUUGUCCUACAGGGAUGUGCUCGAGUCGAGGAAUAUGUGGCGGCAACAACGACGGAGAGAACAGGUCCUCCAGGACACAGGGCACCAGUUCAGGCGCCCACUACGCCCUGUGUGCCCUGGGAGUCGGACUGAUUGCCCUGGGUGUUGUCAUGAUUGUGUGGACGGUGAUACCAAUGGACGGAGAGGCCCCGAGUGGGUCCACCACUCUGUCAGGCAACUCCACAGACCCUGAGAAUGGAGACGAGGAAGAAUCGGAUCACACAAAGUCUUCGUCGGUGGCUAUGGUGCUGGUUGGAGUUGGCGCAGCCAUGCUGCUCUUGUCCAUUUGCCUCGGAGUGAGGAACAAGAGGAGAGCACGCAACAGAAGAGACGAGCCUGCGGCAUUAAACACCCCCUUCAUGGAGCAUGUGGCUGGGCAGCAGGAAGAACCUGUGGAUCCAACCUCAUACAACGUGCCGAGCUACGACGAGGUCGUCAGUAGCGGCAACUACCCCGUCCGUCAGAGCAACCUCCGCCAGAGCACCUCCCAGCUGCCGUCUUACGAGGACAUCAUAGAAGCUGUGGAAAAUGAGGGAAGGGAGCCCACAAACAAUCCCACUGAGGACACCCCCCUGAACGAGGCCACGGCAGCUCCCCCGCAGCCUGCUGCCGGGGCCCAGGCCGACCCCCCUGGCCUCACACCAAACCCCAGCUUGCCCACUCGCAGCGCCAGCCGGGCCAGCCGCUUACUGCGCCCCCUGCGGGUGAGGAGGAUCAAGUCGGACAAAUUGCACCUGAAAGACUUCCGUCUCCAAAUCCGCAGCCCCACACAGAAUCCAGUCACCAUUGAACCCAUCACCCCGCCGCCAGGCUAUGAAAACAAGAUGCCGGAAUUACAAUAGGAAGUCUGCGUCAUCUCUCCUCUAAACGUCUGGUGAAUAUUUCUUUUGUUAAAUGGACGGAUGACUUAACCAGUGAAUAACAUUUUUAAACUCCAUUUUCAAGGUUGGAAUUUAAGGUACUGUAACUGUUGUAAAACAUUGGACACCCUUUCUGUUUUAUUUACUAGUCAGUUGUAUUAUUUUUUUCCUCCUUACCUGUAAUUAUUGUUGUAUUUUGGAAUCUAUCUCUUGUGAUUGGGGG